AUGUCGGGCUAUUACUAUCACAACCGCAACAUGGGACCACCCCCACAACCACAACGCAGAUACGAGCCUUUCUCUAAUGCCUACACCGGUCGCCUCACUUCCAACUCGAUGUUAAUGCACGGCUUUCCUAACGGUCCACCUAUUGCAAAUCCUAGAGCACGUCUUGAGCAGAUGGGUUUCACAGACUCACAAGGUAAUGGCAGCUCGCAAAGCAUCAGAGGCUCGCAACAACAACAAAUACGUCAGCUUGAGCAGCGAUUGGCCGAGAACCGUCGUCAGGCGGCGAUUGUUCAACAGCAGAUUAAUCAAAUGAUGAGACGUCAGUGCUUGUAUGGUGGGAGUAAAUGCUCAGGAAGAGGAGUAUUUAUGAGGAAUUGGAGACAUCUUAUUGCAGCUUGCUUGGCUCCUUGA